CAAGGGGGGAUGAAGCAAAAGUAUCUGACUGACGUCAGGAGAGGCAGCGCGCGGUGACACCGUUCGCGUUACACUCACUCGUUUGAAGAUCGGGUACCCGGUAAUAACCGAUUUCGCUGGCGGAGCCGCGAUUCUGUUGAUCGUUCGGCGGAUGCCACCAUCCUGCGGUUCUCGACAUCCGUUACCAAUUACGUACGCGGACGGCGGCGGUCUUGAUGCUGGGACGAAGCGGUCGCACGGAGUCACGCGCUUAUACCCCGUAGACGAAGGUCGACAGGUAACGUAAAAGAGAAACCACGAUCAGGACUCAGAACUGUACAAGAUCAUUCCAGUUUAUCUUACCGUUUCAGCUUCGUUCUCCUCUCUUAGUCGCCUCUUAACGAGAACCGUCUCGGUCUUCGCGCGCGCCUUUCAAUCCCAAUUGAGCCUCUUAAGUUCGGCGCUCGUCGCCGAAGCGAGAUUCGAAUCUGAAUUCAUCAUUUGAAACCGCGAGUCUCAAGACAGUGAAAGACCUCGACGCGAACAUUCUGAAUUCGGUAUUGCGACGACUGAACUGUCUCACUCGUCUGAUGAACAUCGGCGAUUAUUUUCUAUCCGACGAUACGCGCUCAUCGAUGUUCAAGCAUAAAAAUAAGCGGGAUCUUUUCACCGUUAUAAUGGAACAGUCUCUCGCGAAGACCGAGGGGGAUUAUUUUAACGCGCUGUAAUAUUUUUAUAUAAACGCCACGCGUCAGAAAACAGACUUCUCAACGUAAAUGUUAAUACUCCAGCGUCGAGUAAUACGAAUUAGAAUUUUAUAGAAAAACGGUGAGACGGAAGAGGGGAGAACAGUUGACCGUUACACACUACUCGAUCAGACUGAAGACACUCAGAUCACUCGAUUAGAAUCAAAUACGGAAUGAAGCUGAUAAUCGACUGAGAAGUCGCGAAGUUCUAAUGCGUUUCGUCAAAUUGAGAGAACGUACAUACGUCCGUUUCUAAUUACGUGUGGGUCCAUCGCCGCCCGUUCGAACGUCACGCGUCCGCGACGUUACAGUAAUUCAAUAUCAUUGCGAUUGAGAUCGUCCUAUCUCUGAGCCGGCGGUUCGAUCGUUGAAAGCGGUACAGCUAUCGAGAGAUUAAUUCUGGCGAAGUGACCGUGAUUGUUUGACUUGGCGAAGGAGAAGGCGAAAGCAAAUAAAUUCUUUGAGCUACGCUGGCCCGGGACAUUAGAGGAAUUGGCUUCGUUUCUUAACAAGUUCUGGUUUAAGGUGUGUGAAAAUGCCGGAUACUAAGGCAAUUGCACAGCUGACAAUCACAACGUGAGCAGUUGUUCGUUUCGCGGAUCAUCCGGGGGAUAAUGAUUACAGAACAGACCUGGAGCAUGAUGCUGGACAGCGAUGUCGCGGGCAUCAAUGAGUUGAGUAUUUCCCCGAGGAAACAAUUAUGGAUCAAGGCCGUGAAGAAACUCACUUCCGAGAGGCUGGGCAGGGAAGGAUUGGCGGCAUGGGAGGAAGUCCGGAAGGCCAACAACGAUCCGGAAGUUCCAGAAGAUAUCGAAGACGCGACCGAGCCGAACGAGGACGCCGAAGGCUCUACCGAUCCGGACGUGGCUCUCGCCGAUCAGCCUGUCGACACUGAAUCUCAAGCGCAGCGAGAUGUUUUCAAGAAGGGCGUGCUCUAUAAGGGAAUAUUUUGUCCGUCGCUCUCGAACAGCUUCCACAGCAAACAACUGGAGACGUCGUACCUCCAUUAUUCCAAUCGUCAGCGUCAGAAAUCGUUGAUCAUGCUCAAUAUCGUUGAUCUCAGCUUGAAGAUCAUCCUCUUGGCGAUCUGGCUGUGGAAGAGGGACGAAACCAGCGCCGGUCUGAUCGAAUCAUUGUCCUGGGCGUCCUGUUGCAUGGCCGCGAAUCUGGCGGUUUGCAUCCUCGGCUGGUGGCGGUGUUUCUCCAAUAAUUAUUUGUACUGGGCUUCCAUCUUCACUUGGUUACUGAUUAAUUCGCAAGGUUUUAUAGGAGCCGGUCUAGAUUUCUCCAACCAGCAGCGUCUCAUGUGGUACAUACUCUUCGUGGUGUACGCGCCGUACGCGAUGCUUCCACUGCCGUUGAGAUGGUGCGUUCUCGCCGGCUAUGGUACAGCCCUGACUCACAUGGUCUUAGCGGGAAUAACUCUGUUGCGAGACCCGACAUACGUAAGAAUCCUUGGUCCACGUUGUAUACUCUCUUAUUCACAAGUCCCAUUUCUUCCCCUUCUGCGUACUUUCUUUGCGUUAGCGCGAUCCACCGUACGCUUCGCCCACCAGCAGCCACUACCUUUCCUCGCUAAAGUAUGUCGUUUGAUUUUGCUAUUGCAGCUGCAUGAUGUCACGUGCAUAGUUCGAAUGCUAACGACCAACGUCCUUCUUUAUCUUGCAAUGAAUCUAGCUGGCAUGUACACUAAGUAUUUGACAGACAGAGGACAGAGACAGGCUUUCCUCGAGACGCACAGGUCCAUGGAGACCCGGCAACGGACUCAGAACGAGAACAACAGGCAGGAGAAGUUGCUACUAUCCGUUUUACCAGAUUUCGUGGCUAAGGAGAUGAUCAGUGAUAUCGCACGCGAAACAGCUCGUGGUGGGACGAUCUCCUUUACACCUAAUCAGUUUCACAGGAUAUACAUUCACCGUUACGAAAAUGUUAGCAUACUGUUCGCUGACAUAAAAGGUUUCACUGCUUUAGCGAGCCAGUGUAGCGCCCAGGAGCUGGUGAGAGUGUUGAACGAUCUGUUCGCACGUUUCGACAAGCUGUCCGCGGAGAACCAUUGUCUGCGUAUCAAACUACUCGGGGACUGUUAUUACUGCGUUUCGGGACUGCCGACAGCCAGAAGCGAUCAUGCUCACUGUUGCGUCGAAAUGGGCUUGUAUAUGAUCAAAGCGAUAAGGGACGUGCGGUACACGCAAAAGGUCGAUCUGAACAUGAGAAUAGGGAUUCAUAGUGGCUCGGUUCUGUGCGGUGUGCUUGGACUUCGGAAAUGGCAAUUCGACGUCUGGUCUUACGACGUCACGUUGGCUAAUCAUCUCGAGAGCGGAGGCAUUCCAGGGAGGGUGCACAUCUCGGAGGACACUUUGGACUGUCUGAAUGACGUGUACGAAGUUGAGCCGGGGAACGGAACCGAGAGGGACAAUUACUUGAAAGAGAGGAACGUGGUGACGUAUUUAAUCAAACAGGUCGAACCUUUGAAGUCGAGGCGGCGAUAUUCUUCUCGGCCAAAGAUAUGGUCCGAGGACGACGCGAACAAGAGCAAAAAGAGUUUCAAACUGAACAACCCUCUGGCCGCGAACAGCAGCGCGCCGAAUUCAUGCACGGAUGACGACAUCGGCGUCGACUGGACGCCAGAGAUACCGUUUGAAAACUUGAACACCGCGCCGUCGGUCAGUAACUUGGAGGCGGACUACCUCGAGGAAGAAAACGGUACCUCGAAGAGCGCCAAGUCUCCGACCGCUGGACUCGAAAGCGCGAGCAACAAGCGCAUGAGAUUGGCGAACAUCAACACUUGGACGUUACGUUACAAUGACGAGAGUCUGGAAUCGAAGUUCGGUCAAUUGCGGGAGGACAUGUUCAAAUCCAACAUGAUAUGCUGCUUCGUCGUGUGGAUAUUCAUAGCUAUUUGUCAAGCAGUAAUACUGCAACACUGCGUCAUUCUUUUGGGUUCUCUCUCGCUUACCACAUUGAUUCUGGUGGCAUCGUCCAUCCUGGUGAUGGCGGAGGAGUUCAAGAGCCUACCCACCUAUUUGCAACACGCCUCUUCGAUGCUGGUACACAACAAGCAACACCGAACGAUCUUCAUCUGCAGCGUGAUCAGUCUCAUGGCUCUGACGUCGAUCGUCGGUGUCCUGGCAUGCCCCACGCCCAUUCUGUAUUCUGAACGUCGAUUCCGUGAGCCUCUGGAACUUCAGCAACAGCCGUUGGCGAGCCCGACGUUGCAGCCGGAACGGCUGGUAGCACCGACGACCGGCCUGGACCAGUUCAUCCUCAAGUUCCUCGAGGCAGCUCUUCGCGACGAGCAGAGGGAUGUCACGUCCAAGGAGAACGAAACGUGGAUAGAUUCGUUCAGCGACGAGGAGGAAUGGACGGGGAACGUCGAGAACAAGGGUAGUCUGGCGAAAGGUCGAAGGAGAGAACAGUUCUUCAGGAGCGGAGACGUCCUCUCGAGAAAGAUACUCUUCUCCCCGGAAACAGAGCCCCGUUCGGAGCCUAUGUACAUGCUGUACUACGACAACGAGCUCGUAGCUCAGGAUCAAACCACUUGCGUGAGGCCGGAGUACAUCGUGUUCACGUGGGUCUUGUGCCUGAUCGCGUUGGCCUCCGCGUUGAAGUUGUAUUACUUGGUGAAAACAGCGCUGGCCACAAUCAUCGUCACCGUUUACGCCGUGUUGAUCCUGGUGGUCUGUAAAGACUUCUUCUCCAUUCCCGACGAAGAGGAGAAUGCAACGGCGAUACCACUUUCAGCACAAAUGCUCACGUUCAUGCUCGUCUUUCUGGUGAUGGUCACGUACCACGGUAGAUUGGUGGAGGUAACGUCUCGAUUAGACUUCCUUUGGAAACAGCAGGCUGAGAGGGAGCUAAGCGACAUGAUCGAAUCACGGCACAACAAUAUGCAGUUGUUGAAAAACAUUUUACCGGAUCACGUAGCUCAUCAUUUCUUGACCCAGGAGAGAGCGCCAGAGGAAUUGUAUUCUCAAUCCCGAGAUAAAGUUGGAGUGAUGUUCGCCAGUGUGCCGAAUUUCACGGAAUUCUAUUCGGAGGACGUUAACAAAGGGAUGGAGUGUAUACGUUUAUUGAAUGAGAUCAUUGCUGACUUCGACGAGCUCCUGGACGAGAAUCGGUUCCACUGUAUCGAGAAGAUAAAAACCGUCGGAGCCACUUACAUGGCAGCCUCCGGUCUUAAUCCUUGUGAAAAUGAUAAGAACAAGGACGACAUGGAGCAUCUCUGUAGACUGGUGGAUUACGCGGUGGCGAUGCGGCUUCGUCUCGAGGACGUGAACAUACAUUCGUUCAAUAAUUUUGAUUUGAGAGUGGGCAUCAGUUGCGGCCCGUUGGUGGGCGGCGUGAUCGGCGCUCGGAAGCCCGUCUUCGACAUCUGGGGCAACACGGUGAAUCUUGCGUCCCGUAUGGACUCCACAGGCGUCAUGGGAAAGAUCCAAGUGCCGCAGGAGAUCGCCAGGUUCUUGGAAUCGAGAGGGUACCAGACUCAGAAGAGGGGGCUCGUCGAGGUGAAGGGCAAGGGAACGAUGGAGACGUACUUCGUUCUGGGCAAAGGGUCCAUGCAACAGGAGGGCACGACCAAACACACGACAAGAUGUAGAAGUCUCGCCGCGGUCGUCUACGGUGUGGUUCAAGCACGUCGCAAACAGAUACGAGCGCUUAGAAGGACAUAAGCAUCGUGAUCGCGUCAGUAUUUCUUUCUGGUUCUUCGGUGCCUAGUUACGUACAAACGGUUCCAUCCUCGACAAACUAGUUGCUAACGCGAGGUAAGACUUAAAAUGGACCAUUUCGAUUUCUACUCUUUCCCCAGACGCAAAAAUCGUCGCGUUGGCGAAAGAGAUUUUUUAUCUUGUCUUUCUCUCCGUUUUUAGUUCCAGGAUCAUUGUCGACUGGUUGUAUUUGAUAAAUGAACACUAGUUUAUGUUCGGUUAAGAGUUUAUGAAUCUCUCAUUUUUAUUGUUAUAUAUAGUGUAAAUAGAAUCGAAUACCGUCAGUAUUUUUCAGAAUGAAACUUAUCGUCCCGUGAAGCACAGUUCUAUCAAUCAGUUAUGUGAAAUACCUUUGCCUCCUUUAAAAUGAGAAUUAUCAUGCAAUCCAUUUUAAGUAAAACUCACCUAACGUUACAGUUCGAACAGCGACGAGCAUUUGUAAUUAACAUAUUACCCAAUGCACGGUUUCGUUCUUCGGACAACUGGUUGACACGUUAGUUAACUUAUUUCGACAAUGAUUGCCAUUAGAUUAACGUAAAUGAUACUCGUUCAGUGAUGGUUAAAUUAUCAUUUGUUAUAUAAGCUCUAUGCUCUCGGUGACGCUGUAAAGAUAGAAUUUUUACUUUCGUUCGUGUCGUUCUCCUUCUAAUUAAGAUCCAACGUACUUGUAAAUAAUGCCCCGAUCUAUGAAGUAAUUACAAAACAUUGAUAAGAGAACACGUGGAGUAAUGUACGAUGGAAAGAAAUUAUAUGGUAAAGUUGCUGAUAAUAAAUAAUAAGUUAACAAGGAGCGAUCGAA